AUGGGUUGUACAAAUUGGAGAGACACUCUUUCCGACAGUUAUAAUAAUGACCAAGGAUGGGGCAAGGGAAGAAGAAUAGAACAAGGCAGUUGCAGUGCAGCCAUGACUGCCACAGAGCCAACCAGCAGCAAAAAAACCAGGAACGGGCCAAAGGUACAGAAGGAUUCAGAGGGAAUCAUGGCGGCGAAUGUAGCAUUUGAGAGUAUGACUGGCAGCGAAUGUCGUAACUGGUGGGAAGAAACCCCUCUAGACCAUGUGACAAAGGAUUCUCUCAGGAGGGCACAGGUCGACCACGCCAUCCAAAUGCCCACAUUCAACAUUAAGGAGUUCGAGCCAAUUCUGCGAACCAUGGUGUCGGGAUACAACCCACAGGAACGAGCUUCAGUCAUUCAGUUCCAAGGGUGCACAGUGCGAGUUUCAUUUAAACCAGAGGAUUUCAGAAGGGUAUUUGGUAUACCCGAGAAAGGGGCAUCUGCGGCCAAACCAACCAAAAAACUCACCAAGGAAAAAAAUAAAUGGUUGAUGGAUUUGGUGCGCAGAGACGAUCUCACGGAGGAACAGUGGAAAAGUGCUUGGGGCGAUAGCAGAAGAAUGAAGCGUGUGUUUAUCGCACCAGGAGAAUGGAGGAUGUUAAUGGACCUGGUCAAAAGUCGGCUUAUCGGAGCCAGUCGGGCAUCCGACAUAGCUAUAUGGAUGAUAGGAUUAAUGAAUGGGAUUAAAUGCGGAAAGGUGUACAAUUGGGGGCAACUCCUGGCAGAACGAAUCCAUGAUUUCCUGAGACUAGAACACAAGAUGUUCUAUAUGUGCCAUCAUGCUAUCAGCUUGUUCCUGGAUGUCGUACGCCUGCAGGUACCACCAGAAAUAUGGGGAACAUUUGAACCACGCGGACGGGUGGAACCGAAUAAACCCACUAUGUACUACUAUAUCCAUCUAGACACACUAGGCGACACCACGCAGCCGACCAAAAAGAGAAGGAAACUACACACAUCCAUCGAGGUCGAAGAUGUUAGCAGUGCAGAAGAUUCGUCGGAGGAGGUGGAAAUGACUGAAGACCAGGAAAGUGGUGAUGAGGGGUUCCAUCUAGCAGGACACAUAGCUGUAGAGGAGGAAGGGGAAACAGAGUCGCAGCAGCAGGAAGAGGAAGAGGAGGAACAACAGGGAGGGUUACGGGCCCAAUGGAAAAGCACGAGGGUAAAGUUCACACCUUCGAAACUAUCCUCGGCACACUUGGUACCACAGGAAGCGCUUGCAGUGGCCAGCCCCAUGGGAGAUGUACGACCAAUAGGGGUGUUGUUCCAAAAAAUCAACGAAGGGGAACCACCAGCACAGCGACGAGUAUCACUACCACAGAUCAGCUUGGUCAUACUUACAGCAAAACCUACAGAGAGUACGACAGUAAUUGGUACGACAAACACUGGUAUAGCAGACUUGGGUACGGCAGACAUCGGUACGAUACCAGCAGGAACCGGUACGGUACCAGCAAGAACCGGUAUGUGUGCAUCAGAUACUGGUACGAUUCCAGCAGAUACUGGUACGACCCCAGCAAGUACUAGUACGGCUCCAGCAGGGAAGGAGACAGGGAAUAUACAGAUGACUGAGGGUGACUUGGAGGCAGUGGCAGCAUUGGAUACUCUCAUGGACGAAGAUAUAGACGCUUCGUUGGAUGGAUGGCUAGGGCAGUUCGCACUCGCCCUACACCUUCCCCCCUCCCUUGCACCGCAUAACAUGGCCAUUGGGGCGCGCAUGACUCCAGACAGAGGUAUUACUAUCUCAAACCUGGACGGAGGGAAACCCGUUGAGCGAGAGCAUCAGAACCUAGGGAGUGACAAGCAGAGCAGUGGACCGGAGGGAGCACUUGCAGGACUCCACAUCACCCCACCAAAUCCGAAUGAUCCAGCAGGCUCACUCCGACAUUUUUUGGGAGAGCUACAGGGGCUCUCCAAUGUUGCAUGUAGCAUGGCACAGCUUACUGGACAAAUGGAGGCCGGCAAUUCAGCCGACGCUACACAGCUGUGUCACUUCAUGACUACGGGGUGUACGGAGGAGUUCACACGCCACCUCGAGCAGCAAGGGUGGCUGGAUCAUAGUACGCCAGAGAUGAUUCAGAAUUGGACCCACGGGCACCUGGUAGGAGGCACGGGCACCUUGGACACUACCUUCUGCAGUAUGGAGAGGGUCUUCCAAGAUGUGUACUUACAGAUGCGGCAACACCAGGUGGAGCAAGAAGCUCAGCAGAUGUACAUAACAACACUGGAGAAGGAAGGCGAGAAGCAGGCACAGUUGGCUACAGUGGAAAAGAACCUAAGGAAGGAGAUGGAAAUGAAGAUGACCACCUAUGAGGCCCGUUGCAGCAUGCAGGAGAAGGAGGCACAGGCACUGGCGGCCCAAGUGGCAGAACUCACCUCACAGCUAGAACAAAAAGAUAAAAAGCUACUGGAAGCUGCUCACAUGGUAAAGAAAGCACGGGAACGGCAGUUGCUGGCAGAAAAGAACUUGAAACUUCAUGCCAGACAGCAACCUUCUCCUACGACCACUACAGGGACGCCUCCUCCCUCUUCUCGGUCCUAGUUUUGUUUUAUAUAUUUCAGCUUUUCUUGUCUUAGUCGUCUGGAAGACGACUACGUUUUUUGGGGGGUCAACGUAUGUAGUAAGAAUAAUAGUUAUAAGUGUGUUAUGUUGUGUUUUUUAUUAUGUUUGUCGCCGAGAGGUUCCUGUCGAGUAGUUGGGAGCUGGUGACGGUUGGCAACUUGACCAACCGUCGGGUCUAUAUAUUGUUUGGUCGGAACCUCGGCAGGGAGAUUAUGUAUGGAUAUUCUGGAUAAAUCAAUAAAGAUAUAACUCUUCUGGUCUAGUUGUUUAUCAUUCUGACUUAUGCUGUGACAUAUGAAUAUGCUGAUACAUGAAUAAUUGGUACGUGUGGGAAACACUGUGUUAUCUGUGAGUUUUACCAACCUUACAUUAAGGACUAAACAAUAAUAUAAUAAUUAUAUUAUUGUGAUAGUAUAAAUUAUAUUAUAAUAUAAUAAUUAUAUUAUUAUUAAUAAUAUAAUUAGUGGGGGGGCCAACUUGGAAGAGUGGUGACCCUUAGUAAAGGGGCACCACCGAUAGGUAUAAAGGAAGAAUAAAUCAUCCUCUCUAAUAUAAUUGAUGAUAGAAUAAAAUAUACAGAAUGCAUAUACAUCAACUCAACGGUUUUUGCUUAUAGUAUGGAUCAUUGUAAUGCAAGUUUCAGUUAAGAUCUAGUUUCAUUUCAAUUAUUUGAUUUUUUUUUUUUUUAAAUAGUGUUUCUUUCCUUCUGUUUUAAAGCUGCAAAGUUGAUGUUUUAAAUGCUUUAUUUCGUUUUCAGUAUGUUACAAAAGAGUUCCAAGAUAAGGAGAUAUCUGAUCUAGUGUCACUUGGUUUGCAACCACAAAAUUUCCUUUCAAUUGAAUGUUUAGAAAGCAGUUGAGCAAGUCUUCCUACUAAAAAACAACUGUGAGAUCAGUGUGGUGGAUUUGGUAUUGGAUAAGGCCCAUUUUGGACUCCUACAAAGGAGAUUGUCGAUGUAAGUCUUAAAAAGUUUUUUAGUUGUCUUUUUCUAGUGUUUAUAAAUUUUAUUUUCUCCUCGUUAACAAUUUCAGGCAUAUUAGACAUUUCUAUGCCAGUGUGGAGAACAAAUAUGUGCCCAUUUAGAACAACUUUGAAAAAAUCAACUUCAUACACCUCCUCAUGCUCUUGUGUACAUCCUAAAUCCAUGUUUUCAAUUUCUAGAGAGCUUCAAGGCUAAUGAGAAGGUAAUUGGAGGUAUCUAUGCCACCAUAGAGGCUAUGGAGAAAAGUUCAUAGUCGAGGCUGAAGAUCAUGUCUGAGAUAGAGAUCCAUAAAUAAAAACCGGGAGAUCUAUUUUCUUGAUACACAUGCAAGUGUUAAGUCCUCAGAGAAUUGCUAUCCAAGAUUUGAGCCAGCCAUUCAAUACUUUAGGUUGCGGGCACAAUUGUUAAGCACAUACACUCCGAAAAGCUCAAUAGGUUGUAAAUGCAAAGGUUAAAUGACCCAUCUUUUGUGCAUUAUAAUCUAUGCCUCCACCACAAGAGAGUUUUCACUGCAACUCAAGAGCCAGCCCUUUGAAGUUGGAGUAUGAUCUGACAUCUGAAUAAAUCACUAAGGAUAACAUCACUUUUACAAAGGGCGACCAUGAAUGUGUCAAUCAUGCUGAUUGUGAGUUGAAGCUUGUAAUGAUGGUGGAGAAGAUGUGAACCCAUGCAACUAGAAACGAAGAUGAUGAUGUUAUCUCUUAUGCAAAUAGAAUGUUUGCAGCUUCUACCUUUUAAUAGGAUCAUUUGUGUAUGGGUGAAAUGCUGGUAUCACCACACUGCAAAGCUCUAGAUUCCUGUAUUUCAAGAGAAUAAGGAUGAGAUGAUACCCAGCAACAUGCUAUGUCUCUCUAGUUGGUAUGUGGUUAUGUCUGUUGUGUAAUAAUAGAUUUGAUGUCUACUGCUUAUGGAAGCUGUCUUGUUCAUUUUUGCUUUCAAGAGGUACGGAGAUGGAUUUUGUUUUACUCCCCUUCCUUCAAUGAAUAUUACUGUUACCAGUUUUUGGCUAUGCACACUCUAAUUAGAGAACUUCUAUUACGAUUUUAAUGUAAAAGAAUGGAAAACCUAAAAGUAUGUUUAGAAACAUGACUAAUCUCUCUAACUGUUAUCAUUCUAAAGCUGUCAGUGUUCUCAUAUAUCACCCUCUGUCUCAGGACUGAAGCUGAUACAUGAUGUAAUAUUAUAAAGUUGUUUGAAAAGGUUUGGACACCCUUAAUCAAUGCUCCACAUCUAUUAUUUUUGUGUCAUUCCUGUCUUAAUUUCACAUAAUUUUUGAAGUUCUGCCUUCUCAUCUUAACUACUUACAAAUCACCCACAUGAAAUGGCAUUGGAAACUGAAGACGACCAUCAAAUGCAUCAAAUGGAAUAAAAAAUGAGAACUAUCAAAAACAUGAAAUUGAAUUAAAAACUAAGCCAUUAAAAAUUGAGGUAAGUAUCAGAAAACAUAAUCACAACCAGCAGAUGGCCUCUUUCUGAGAAAUAUUCUCAUACAUCUUAUCACCCAUUCCCCAUCUUAAUUAGUUUGCAGCAUUCCAGAUAUAAUCUCCCAAAGACAUAAUUUCAUCUACUGAACAUAAUAUGAACUGACCAUUCAUUGACUCUGUGCAUAGAAACAAUUUCAUUCAAAGGUAAAAUACUAAAAACAAGAACAAAGAGAAACAAUGUACAGGAACUAUAACAACAGAACUUGAAAUUCAAAUACUGUGAAAUUCCAUAUUAAUAAAAUAAUAGUUUGUGACUGCUGUCACAAUUUAAAUCCUGCCUUAACUAAAUCAAAAUGUUAGCAUACCUCUGCAACCACACCUGUGAUUCCAAUAACAAGGACAUGAGAUUUGCUUAAUCUGUAGCAGAGACCACACAAUUCCAAGCAUCAGUAUCAUUGAACUCACAUUUGGAACAAAUAUUUCUAGGCCUUGAAGAUUGCAACCAAUUGUAAACCAGAAAUUACUGUUGUAUCAAAAACAAGUUUAUCCAAAGUAAAGAAAAUACAAUAGCAUUCUUCCAAAAGUGAAAUUGGAAUUUUAAUGAAUUAAGAUGAUAGUAUAUAAAGAUGUAUCCAGCUAAAUACCUAAUGUUUCAGGACAAUUAGAAUCGUUACCAGAAUAUUUGCAUGCUUAAGGAUUGUACUGGAAAGCAUUGGUAUAACUAUAAACAAAAAUAUAUAUGCUUGGAGCCGUAACAAAGCACAGCAAUCUAAGUGGGAAAUUUAGAACUUUUGUCUCUGAUAGGCAUGUCAAUAUACUCCUAGAUUAAUCAAAACAAGCCAACUGACUAAAUGAUGAAUAGUGUAAGAAUUAUUUGAGCCAUGUGUGACUGAAAUCACAGGACACGAGGCAUAAAAUCACAACACUUGGGAGUACCUUCAUUGUGAAAAUGACAUGUAGUGGACUUAAUUAUAUGAGAUUAAUGGUUAAAGCAUUCUGCAGGAUUUUUUGAAUAGCCAAUUCAUGGUGGGAAACAAGAUUGUCGUUAAUAAAUCCCAGACAGCAUAUGAGCUGAAGGCAUUCUAAUAAACUUUUAAACACGCAAAGCAGGAGGCUCAACAUUAGAUAACAUUCAAUACAUUCAAGAUGUUAGAUUGUCUAGCCAGCCUCAAGACCUGAAUGUCGUGGUGGAACCUUAUAGAGAUGCUUGGCACAUUAUUACAGGUACAAUUAUAAAUGUUGUCACAAAACCAUUGGUAACCUUCUGAUGGCAUAAUCUAAUUUGCGAUUUGUGGUCACAUUUUUUAAAUCAUAACAUCAAAUUUUCUCAAAUAAAAAAUCAAGCCCAAUGCCAAAUCAGCCAGAGCAAACCACCUUGCUAGAUAUGCUUGGGUGAAGCUAUUGAAUUUAAUAUCUGCAAGGCUGAGAAGAUUCCUCAUGUGAUAAGGUCUGAUCCCCACCCAGGUCAUCAGGAUUGGCUGCCUGCAGUGACCAGUGCAUAUACCCUCCUUCAGCCAUGCUUUGCACCAUGCAAUUCCUAAUAUAUGUGAGCUAGCAUUUAAACCCUGAACUUCACCAGCUCAAAAUUUUUAAAAAAUCAUUGAAGAAGGACAGAAAUAUAGGAAGUUUGGUAAACUCUAGUGACAAAAAUAGGAAAGAUAUGAAAAUACAUAGCAUUUGUCACGACCUGUUAGUGUCCUAGUGCAGUUAAUGUAGGACUUUGGGAAACUAUGGUAUCCUUCUGGGCCUGAAGAAUUGAUAGCAGAAGAGCUUUUCUUUAACAGCAUCUGGUAAACUUAAAUGAAAUGGACAAAAGCCUUGGGAGAUCAAGCAGACAGUACCAUAGAACUAUUCUCAAGAGGAUAUGAAGAGAUUAAUAACCCAAAUGUAGAAACACUUGCCAUGGAAUAUGCUAGGCUUGAACCAGAAAUCAAAAGGAGCAUCCCCUUCCCAGCCUAUUGUGAGGCUAAAAUGAAGACUUCCCAAAGGGAAAGGGACCACCGCCCAAACCGGGAUAUCCAAAACAAGAUAGGGAAAUUGAGCAUUCCAAAUUUUGAUGGGACGGGGAAAACUACAGCACAUGCAUUGACCCAAAAAUUGGAAACCUAUUUAACCCUUAGUCCCAUGACAGAAAAAGAUGCCAUAACAUUUGCCAUAUUGCACUUAGAUGGGGUUGCCCACAAUUGGUGGCAUCAUGGGCUGAUCACACAAGAUCAUAUAAACAUAAGAACCUAUGAGUCCUUCAAGAGGAGACUUAUUGAAAGGUUUGAUCAAACAAACCCCCAAAAAUAUUUUAGGGAGCUAGCAAAAAUAAGGCAAAGGGGGCCAUUACAGUUUUAUCCCAAAGAAAGGAAAGUCAUCUAAAAUUUGUAAAUUGAUGAACUAGUUUCAUCCUGAAUAUGUAAAUGACAUGUUGUAAUCUCAAGAAGAAAGAAUUUAAAGUGUAGAAUCAACCUUUUUUGAGUGUCUCCAUUGGUAUUGUGUAUUUUUAAGCGUGAUCAAUUUGUCAAAAAGGAGAUUGUAAAAUCUCUACAAAGAUUUUUCAUAGUGUCUAUUCAUGGUAAUGAAGGAAAUAUAUAGGGUUUUCAAUAGAUUACUAAGUAGACUCUCCUUGUAUUGUACGAAUUUAGUUAUUUCAUUAAAUGUAUGUGCAGAACGUGAUUUGCUUGCGCAGCCACCCCAACACCUAAAUGAUUCACCAAAAUCUUUUCUUUUAGUGAUGGUCAAGUAGUUUUUAUAACUUUCAGGUGCAAAAGGUAAACUAGUUGUAAGGAGUAGAUAUAUCCAUUUCAUUCAACUGUGUGCUUGAUGAGUUCUCUACUAUGUUACCCCGAGUUUCUGGGACGGGGACGGUAGGGGAUGGCGGGACGAGUUUCCGGGACGGCAAAUUUUUUUACCAAUUUUGGGGACGGCCGGGGGAUAGCAUAGGGAACGGCUAUAUAAAAUAUAGGGAAAUUUUAAAUGUUCAUAUGAAAAAUAGAUAAAGCAUAUAUAUAUAAAUUAUAUUCAUAUGAAAACACGGAUAAAGCAGGUAUAUGUACAUUAUAGAACCUUAACAUACCACAUUUGUGUUCAAAAUUCAUUGUCAAUACUCAGUAUGCAUUCAUAAUUCAAAAUUCAUUGUCAAUGCUCAAUAUGCAUUCAUAAUUGAAAAAACAUUGUCCAUAUGCCAACACUUGUUUGUAUGUAGUUCAUUGUUUCUUUUUGGUUGGAGGAUAUUUUGAUAGUCUUCCAUUUCUAUUAUGACCUACAACCACUUCUUUAUGCACUACAAAAUUUUGGGUGUUUUGUGAAAUUCUAUACCGAGCUGUUAUUCAUAGUUCUGAGUGCUUUUGGCUAUGAUUCAGACCUGUUUACUUUUCAUAGUUGUGAAAAGUCCAAUAUUGCAGAUCUGCAACCACUUUUUGAUGCACUACUGAGUUCUAAGUGUUUGUGAAAUUUAUUACCAAGCUGCUGCUCAUUAUUUCUAAGUGCUUUUGGAAGUAAUUCAGACAUUUUUACCCGUCAUAUUAGUGAAAAUCCAGUUUUACAAACCUAUAAUAAAAUUAAAAAAUGUUUUUUUUGAGCAUUUGAGUCUUUUUUUUAAAAUGUGCUGGGAAAAAGGGGACAGCUGGCCAUCCCUAGGACGGUUAGGGGACGGGGGGACGUCCCCAAACCAUAUUGGGGACGGGGGGACGUCACCUUUGAGAAUCACUGCUGUCCCUAAGUUUCCGGGACGUUUCCCACAAAUUUUGCAAUUUUAGGGACGGUGGGGGGACGUCCCCUAGCCGACCCCAAGUCCUCGAAAUGUCCCCGGUACGGGGACAGGGGAUUUUAGCCCGGGGACGAGUCCCCGGGUUACAUAGGUUCUCUAUUGUUAAAAGUGUGUGGCCUUGUUUGUCAAACUAGCACAUAGGUAUAUUGUGACACCAAUAUUAAGACACACUAUGUAAAGAGUUGUAAUGUCCCCAUUUUCAAGUUCACUUGUAGUGUAGUUGGUGUUGGCUUUCUUGGUUGGUGUCAGCAUGAUCAAAGGAGUAUUUCGAUGUCGCCAAUGUGUUCAAAUGGAUUGAUGGAGAUGAAUAGCACUUUCUAAAGUGAUUUCAGACAACUUGUCUAUACUUACUAUUUAUAAUAAUAGUCAAUUGGGUCAUCAAUUAGGUCAAUUGGUAAUACUGAUAUUUCUGGAUAGUUGAUGACUGCAUAAAUUGAUAAUUUCUUAGUGACUGAGCGUGUUGAAGGAUAUUAUUUUAAAUAGCAUUUAAGCAUUAAAGUUAAAAGUUAAAUUAACUAUUUAACUUUACAUUAUUUAAUUUAAUAAAGUGACUUUGAUGAGUGAUUUUAUGAAGUAACUUAAUAUUGAAACCCAAGGAAACAUAAGGUUUAUUUAAAUUCAAAUUAAAAAGGUGCAAACCCUAAUUAGGGCAUUGGACUCAAGGAGCUUAUUUAAAAGCACUUUUGUAGCUCAUUUGCAUAUGUUGAAGAUUAUGAUAUUUUCUCUAGAAACCCUUGGGGUUUGAAGAUUGUUUCAUUCUACUGGAGGACAGAAACCAAUCUGAAGAAGCUCAGCCACAGUGGUGAGAGAUCCACACUGGUUGAUGCUGUGGGAUUUGUGCAGUCUCAAUGUGUGCUUUCAAAGCAUAAGAUAUUUGCAAUUUUGCAUUUUGAAGAUUUCAGAGGUUUUGGGAAAUAAAACAGAGUUUAUUUUUUUGAGCUGCCUGUGUGUGAGCUUAUUUCUCCUUUGCUGGAUCCUGAUUUAAAUAGAGGAAAAUAAAAUAUCAUUUCUAGUUUGAAUCAACAAAGGAAAUUUGUGAUUAAGAAAAACAAAUCAGUAAAAGACAAAAAAACAAGAAGCUGCAUUGGGUUUGGAGGAGUUCAAAUUUCUUAAGACUCGUCAGUAUUUUAAGCUGGGUGAAUAUAUUUUAAUAUGAGAGGAAAAAGACAACUUAGCGCAGCAAUAUAAGAAGGAAAUGAUUUUAGCUAUUGGGUGCUGCUUGGAAGCUCUCAUUCAAAGCAGACGUGAUCAUUUAUAACACAGUUCAAUCCUCUUAAGGAGGUCAUUUCAGUCCAUAUUUUCUUCCUAGUAUAAAACGUAGCAGGUAAGAAUAGCUUAAAGUUUAUCCCUGAUCAAAUCAUGGAUAGAAAGAGCCUUUAUAUUGGUGUGCAAAGGAAUUAUUUACUUGCUGGGAGCUUAAUUAGAUAUAAAGAUAAUUUGUGAUCACAAUAUAAGACGUGAUAAUAUACCCAGGCAGGUCAUUCUUUUUUGAGGGACUUUUCAAAGGUUUUGUACUGCUGAUCAGAGAGCCAGCACGGAAGUGCAGAUUGGAGGCAUCUACAGGGGUCACUGACCUUGCUAUAACUGUUGGAAUGAUUAUUGAUCCGUUCUGGGUAAGCAGUUUUGACAUGGGGACCAUAUACUCAUUCUCUCUACAGUAAUGAACUUCAGAUUGUUACAGAAGAAAUCUUCCUCGGGGUGUUAAGUGGAGAAUGAUAUAUUUACACUAGUCAUCUGGAGUUUGGUUGAUAUCCUGAGUUAAUGACAAGCCUGGCGCAUCCUUAUGGCAGUUGAAUCUAACUUAGGCAAGUAGGUUAUGGUCUGAAUUCCUCAGUCGCUUGCAUGUGCAUAGGUACUGUUCAUUCCCAGGAGUGAAAUAUUAUUGUCAAGUAUGGCAAAACAGGGACAAGGUCAGAAAAUUCUGUGUUUCAUAUUUGUAAUUUGGUGCAAUUAUGAUAGCGGUUAUUUGAAAUC